AUGGACAUUGACAGGCCUGCGCCCAAGCGCAGAAGAACCUCAAGUCGCUCUUCGACCGCCUCUCCAAGAGAUUUGUCGCCCAGCCGACAACGAUCGUCUCACAAAUCUUCCUUCGAACCAAGACGGGCAUAUCAAGGAAGAGAGAGCUCGAGGUCAACCAGCAGGAGCGAGAGCGAGGAACCAGAUCGUCGUCGAAGGUCAUGGCAGACACAUGACGCCUUACGAGUCAGACGGGAGAGCAGGGGAAACACCUCAAGCGAUGGCGGUACACCACGCUCUCGAUCUUCAAGCUCAGACUCCUUUCCGCGCCGUCCCCUACCCCUGCUAACACCCACCCCUCCACCAACCUCCUCGAAACACCUCAAAUUUAAAGCAAUCCCGCACGGCACCCUCUGCUCCCACGCCCGCGGCAUAACCUGCAUCCGCUUUUCCCCUUCCGGCGAAUACCUAGCCUCCUCCUCCGCCGAUGCCACAAUCAACAUUCACUCCACGACCCAACCCUUUCCCCUCCUCAAAACUCUCACGGGGCACCUCGCCGGCAUCAACGUCCUGGCCUGGUCGCCCGACAGCCGCACCAUCGCCUCCGGCUCAGACGACAAAUCCAUCCGCCUCUGGGACGUGGUGAGCGGGAAGGCACACCGAGUCCCGCUCUUGGGCCACCAUAAUUACGUCUACAGCCUUGCCUUUAGCCCCAAGGGAAACAUGCUCGUCUCGGGUUCCUACGACGAGGCCGUCUUCCUAUGGGACAUAAGGCCGACGGGUGGGAACGUCAUGCGCUCGUUACCCGCACAUUCGGAUCCGGUUAGUGGUGUGGACUUCAUAAGGGAUGGGACUAUGGUAUGCAGUUGUGCUGGAGACGGGUUGAUCCGGAUCUGGGACACCAUGACGGGUCAGUGUCUGAAGACGCUGGUUGAUGAGGAUCGGAAACCCGUUGCCAGUGUGAGGUGGACGGCAAAUGGAAAAUUUGUGCUCGCUUGGACGUUGGAUGGGUGCGUGAGGUUGUGGGAUUAUAGGGAGGGGAGAUGUGUGAAAACGUAUCAGGGGCACGUUAAUACGCAGUACUCCUUGAGCGGUACGAUGGGGACAUAUGCGCUGGCGGGGAGGAGGGAGGCGUUCGUGGCGAGUGGCAGUGAAGAUGGUGAAGUCCUGGCUUGGGAUGUGUCUACGAAGGAGGUUUUGUGGAGAGCAAAAGGGCAUAGCAAGGUGGUUUUGGGUUUGGAUUUCCAGAGGGGCAAAGACGGGAAAGGCAUGCUUGUUAGUGCUGGCUUAGAUCGCACUAUUAGGUUUUGGGAAGAGUGCGAUGAGGUUGAUGAUACUGAUGAGCCGCCUGGACUGGUCAAUGGCGAUUCGUAUGUUGAUGCACCAGAUGAGAACAUCAAGCGUCUAAGGCUCAAUGAGAGGGAAGACGAAGUCAUGGAGGAAUUGGAGCUCAAGACAGAGCCUGAGGAAACAUGA